ACGGGCCUCAAAGCACACACGGUUACUAUCCUGUCGAUGGCUUGUUAAAAACGUUUGCUUGCUCAACUCCCACUGCGAGCCGCAUUGCGAUGGCGGGCGGCUCCGAGUCCCUUACAGCGCUUUGUACAAUCAUCACCACCACGUCUCCAACUCCGUCCAACCCGUCCACUGAGCUGAUUUGCUCAACAUUGAAUAGUCUUGCUGAGCAUGCGCCGGCACUCCUGCAAUGCCGCCACAUCCUGGUUUGCGACGGAUAUAAGUGUGGCAGCAACAGCAAGUUCCGGAGCGGGCUCGUGACAGCCGAGCGUGCCCAUGCGUACCAGCAGUAUAUGGAAGCAUUGGACCGUCUUGCCCACGAGAAGGCUUCACCUGCAUGGGAAAGGGUUGAGGUGGUGCGCCUGACUGAGCGACAAGGCUUUGGUUUUGCAGUGAAGGCGGCUUUGGAGCUUGUGGACACGCGCUUCGUGUGCAUCAUGCAGCAUGAUCGCACCUUCAUGCGCCCUUUUCCCGGUGUGCUGUCGCUGCUGCAGGCUAUGAUUCAAGAUCCCAGACUGAAGAUGGUGGGCCUGCCCACCACCACAAAUGACCCACCUCGCUACAUUUCGCAGGCGAUCACCAAGCUGGGGGCGAUGAAAGUCGUUCAUCCUCCGUUUGAGACUCUGGCUCUUACAUCAUCUGCUUGCCCAGACUUUCGCUUCAUCCCCAUGAUCAUGUGGCAUGACUCCACGCACUUUGCAUCCACUCAAUACUACCGCGAGUUCGUUUUUUCGCGAAGGCAGAUCUUGGUAACACGAGGCGGCUUCAUCGAAGAUAAACUCGGCCAACAACAGGGCAUGGAUUUGCGCGAGAUCGGGUGGACGAGUCACGCACGCUAUGGAACGUUCCUUUUGGAUGAUGGUGCGCCAGCUCCAGCUCGGAUGGUGGGGCACCUGAAUGGAAAGCGCUAUUUGCGGUCAUCCAUCAAAGUCGCCCUGGAAGUAGCUGAGAGGGCGAAGGCGUCCUUGGCGGACGUUCCUGAGUCAGAGGAUGGGCUGGCGACGGAUGAGCUUGCCAUCGGCUGCAGGUACUAUCAGCGCAAGGCUUGAUGCUCCCCUCGAGUCGCGCUGGAGAAGCGGCCCCAUGCGGCAAGGCAUCCAUCGGGAAGAUCCCCAUCUUGAAGCCCACACUGCACCGCAGAAAGACGCAGGACGUAGCUUGAGGCGCCGGGCUUCAGCUGGCGAGAUGGUGGGGUUUUGCAGGGCCCUGGGCGAAGCCAGAUGGCCGCGAAAGUCUUUGACCCGGGACGCAGAAAGAGAG